GGGUACAUGCUAAAAUCAAUACACUAUUGCGUUUGAUCCCAAACGACCUUAAUACAAUUGAUUCUGCGGUGGCGGCGGGUUAGGUAUGGCCCUAUUUGUGGCAUCCCUUGCACAAUCGUUAACCGUUAUUUGGCCUCACAACUGAAUUCUAUUCUCAUUUGCUUUUCUCCCAUCAACCCAUCUUACUUACAUUUUGCUGCAUUUUUCAAAAGAAUUCAUUGUUACACGGCCCGCCUCUUUCGCUAGCUUAAUAAAUUUAUGGUUCGCGAUGGCAUUCUUGAAAGACAUAGCGAGGAUUGCAGAUGGGUUAUCUUUGGUCGCUAAAGAGGCUGUCAACCGUCAACGCGGCAACAACUUGCAAUCGUUAAUUAAGAAUACUCUUCUCUCUGCCACCGACUUAACAGGUCUCACUAAGGGCAAAGUUCGACAUUUUGACAAGGAGAUCGAUAAUACAAAUCCUGAUUCGAAUAAACAAAGUGUGGUUUACUUCACUGAUCAUGAUGAGAAACCUAGCACCUCUAAUUCUAGUACGUUAACUUCUGAGCCCCAAAUUGAACGCCAUUUUGAGCCUAAGGAAGUUACUGCACCUGAAUUUCAUGAACAUGUAGAGCCUCCACCUCAGGUUGCUGGAACAUUAAGGGAGGUUGAUUCUCAGAAAGAAUCAAUCUCUGCUGAAGCUGUAGUUGCUGCUAGUCCGUUGCCGAAAAGGCAGAGGAAGCUACGAGAGAGGAAAGUGCCAACGACUUCUUUCUCUAGAGCUCUUGGGUUUGCGGGCCUUGGAGCUGGUCUUGCUUGGGGUACACUUCAAGAAUCUACCAAGAGGCUUGUUUUUGGUACACCAAACGUGCAAGGCAAACAAUCUGCUCUAUCCCCCUAUCUCUCUGAGAAAAAUGCAGAACGUCUGGCUCUUGCAUUAUGUAGAAUGCGUGGAGCAGCUCUAAAACUGGGGCAGAUGUUAAGCAUCCAAGAUGAAUCUGUGGUUCCGGCUCCGAUCUUAGCUGCUUUGGACAUUGUCCGUCAAGGUGCAGAUGUUAUGCCUAGGAGUCAGCUUAAUCAAGUAUUGAGCAGUGAAUUAGGUCAUGAUUGGUCGUCGAAGUUGAAGAGUUUCGAUUAUGAGCCGAUGGCAGCAGCAAGCAUUGGGCAGGUCCACCGGGCUUUCACAAAGGACGGCAUAGAGGUUGCUAUGAAAAUACAGUACCCAGGUGUUGCUGAUAGCAUUGAGAGUGACAUUGAAAAUGUGAAACUUCUCUUAGGUUACACAAACCUAAUACCACAGGGUCUGUACCUUGACAAUGCGAUGAAGGUGGCCAAAGAAGAACUUUCUCGUGAAUGCGACUAUGAGCUGGAAGCGAAAAAUCAAAAAAGAUUUGGCAUGCUAUUAUCUGGCACAAAGGGAUUUUAUGUUCCGGUGGUCAUAGAUGAUUUAUCAAGUAAACGAGUACUGACUUCAGAACUCGUUCCUGGAAUCCCAAUUGACAAGGUGACGUCACUGGAUCAAGAGACUCGGAACUAUGUCGGAAGGAAAUUGCUCAAGCUUACUCUGAUGGAGUUGUUUGUUUUUCGUUUCAUGCAGACCGAUCCAAACUGGAGCAAUUUCCUCUAUGAUGAGUCUGAGAGAAUAAUCAAUCUUAUUGACUUUGGAGCAGCUCGCGACUACCCCAAAAAUUUUGUGGAUGAUUAUCUGAGAAUGGUUUUUGCUUGCGCAAACAAUGACCGGGAAGCAAUAAUAAAGUUGUCUCAGAGGCUUGGUUUCCUCACAGGCGAAGAAUCUGAAAUAAUGAAGGAGACACAUGUUCAGGCAGGUUUUGUUGUGGGGUUGCCAUUUUCAAAGCCUGGAGGCUAUGAUUUUCGAGCUAACAAUAUUACUAAAAGCAUUUCAAAUCUUGGUGCUACAAUGCUGAGGCACAGGCUGACACCGCCACCUGAGGAGGCUUACAGUCUUCACCGUAAGCUUUCUGGAGCGUUCCUUGCUUGCAUAAAGCUUGGGGCUGUUGUGCCAUGCAGGGAUCUCUUGCUUGAAGUGUACGAGAAAUAUGAGUUUGGUGAACAUGAUAGUGAAACAUUGGCAAGUGGAUCAGAGUCAUGAUGGAGAUCCUUCUUGCGCAUUGUAACUUGUCCGUCAGGUUCGAGGAUGAGGCAGGAAGUCCUUAAGAACGAGAAAGCCAACUAAAAGGCUAUUCAUGAUCUGCAAUGCAAUUAAAUGGCAGUGCCUGCAGCUCUAUUUGCUGUCACAUCGGCUAUGCCUCCAGUUAGUACAGCCUGUGUAUACAAAGUCAUGACUGACGUAUAUUGAUUUAUGGUCCUUCUAGCACAAGGUGCUGAAGUUCCGUUCCUGCUUUACAGGAACUGAGGAAUUUUUUUUGAAUAAUACAAUUUGAAAGGGGAAGAUAUACACAAACGUGAGGUCUAUGGAAUUGCUAUAGGAAAAAUUUAAGAGAACAAAUUCUGAAAACGUACUGUAAUUUUGGGCUUUUUUCUGUCUUCAAUAAAAGCGCUUUUAGUUGGAUUCGCUCAAA